AUGGAGACCGAUAUCCAAAGUUUUUAUAGAGAAAAGGUCAUUUUUAUCACGGGUGCCACUGGAUUUGUGGGAAAAGUAAUCAUCGAGAAACUGUUGCGUAGCACAGACGUUAAACGGAUCUAUGUACUGAUCAGGCCUAAGCGAGGUCGGGAAGUUCAGGAUCGAGUAUCGCUUUGGCAAAAGGAUCUUGUUUUUCAACCUCUACUAGACGCUAAGCCCACGGCUUUCGACAAGGUCCGUGCCAUCGCAGGCGACUGCAUUGAACCGGAUUUGGGGAUCAGUGAAGAGGACCGUAAACUGCUCACCUCUGAGGUGCAGAUCGUUAUCCAUGGAGCAGCCACCGUGCGGUUCAAUCAAAGCCUUCAUGUGGCACUGGCCAUCAACACGCGAGCCACCCGAUUGAUGAUCCAACUGGCCAAAGAGAUGAGAAACCUACAGUCCUAUGUCCAUGUCUCCACUGCCUUUUCCAACUGCGUGGCGGAUUACAUUGAGGAAAGGUUCCACACGGAGCUGCUGACUCGCUCCUCAGACCAGGUCUUAUCCCUUUUCGAAAAAAAGAGCAGUGAUGAAAUAGACGAGAUGACCACUGAUCUGCUGGGCCCGUUUCCAAACUCCUACACUUAUACGAAGGCGCUUGGGGAGGAUGUGGUCCUACGAGAAGCGGAAAAUCUGCCGAUCUGCAUCUUUCGACCUGCCAUCAUCAUUGCCAGCUUCAAAGAACCCACAUCCGGAUGGAUCGAUAAUUUGUAUGGACCAAUCGCCAUUACCUAUGGCGUCGCCUAUGGAGUGCUCCGCGUGGUCCUGUUGGACGUAAAGCAACAAAACAGUGUUGUGCCGGUGGACUACUGUGCCAACAUGGCACUGGCCCUUGCCCGGGAAACUGCCCAGAAAAAGGCCUCCCAACAAAAUCCCUCUACGCCUCCAAUCUACAAUUUUGCCCCGAGCGAGGGAAACCUAUUGACUUAUGGGGAUUUCAGGGCAAAGGCCCUAAAAUAUGGGUCUAAUUACCCCGUAACGAACAUGAUAUGGUAUCCCUUCCUGCUAUGCAUCAGGUGUCCGUGGCUAUUUUCUCUAGCGGCAUUCCUUCUCCACACUGUACCCGGCUACUUUAUUGAUCUGGCCCUGAAAAUAAGUGGACGAAAGCCUCGUCUGGGCAAGAUCUACGAGAAAAUACACACGACCAUAAAGGUGCUGGGCCCGUUCUCCUGCCGGAGCUGGAAAUUCGAAAUGGCCAAUAAGGAGCGGCUGUGGCAGAGCAUGUCCCGCGAAGACCAAACCAUUUUCAACUUUGACAUGUUGCACCUGGAUUGGGAUCAGUACUUUAGUAGGGCCCUGUGUGGAAUGCGCCUGUACUUGGGAAAGGAGCCUCCCACAACACAAUCUUACAUCCAAGGCCAGAAAAGAUUACGAAUGUAA